AUGGCAAACGCGGAACGUGUAUUAACGCGCGUCCAGAGCCAGCGAGAGCGUUUGGAUGAAACUCUCGUUGCUCAGAGAAACCAAGUUCUUGCAUUGCUCUCAAGGGUUGAAGCCAAAGGGAAAGGCAUUCUGCAACACCACGAGAUCAUUGCUGAAUUCGAGGCAUUGCCUCUUGAAACCCAGAAGAAGCUCGAAGGUGGAGCUUUCUUUGAGCUCCUCCGAUCCACUCAGGAAGCAAUUGUGUUGCCUCCAUGGGUUGCUUUAGCUGUGAGGCCAAGACCUGGAGUCUGGGAGCACAUACGAGUAAACCUCCAUGCUCUUCUUGUUGAGGACCUUGAAGCUUCUGAGUAUCUUCACUUCAAGGAAGAACUCGUCGAUGGAAGUAAGAAUGGUAACUUCACUCUCGAGCUUGACUUUGAGCCAUUCAACGCCGCAUUCCCUCGUCCUACGCUUUCCAAAUACAUUGGAGAUGGUGUAGAAUUCCUCAACCGCCAUCUCUCGGCUAAGCUCUUUCAUGACAAGGAGAGCUUGCAUCCUCUGCUCAAGUUCCUCCGCCUCCAUAGCCAUGAGGGCAAGACUCUGAUGCUUAACGACAGGAUCCAGAACCUAAACACACUGCAACACAAUCUUAGGAAAGCAGAGGAGUACCUGAUGGAGCUGAAACCUGAGACACUGUACUCGGAGUUCGAGCACAAGUUCCAAGAGAUUGGUCUGGAGAGAGGUUGGGGAGACACCGCGGAGCGUGUACUGGAGAUGAUCCGCCUUCUCCUUGACCUUCUCGAGGCGCCUGAUCCUUGCACUCUCGAGACUUUCCUUGGAAGGAUCCCAAUGGUUUUCAACGUCGUGAUCCUCUCUCCGCAUGGAUACUUUGCUCAGGACAAUGUUCUUGGUUACCCUGACACUGGUGGUCAGGUCGUUUACAUUCUUGAUCAAGUUCGUGCUCUCGAAACAGAGAUGCUCCAACGUAUCAAACAACAGGGACUCAACAUCGCUCCGAGAAUCCUCAUUAUUACUCGCCUGCUUCCUGAUGCAGCAGGAACCACAUGUGGUCAGCGUCUCGAGAAAGUGUACGGAUCUCUGUAUUGUGAUAUCCUCCGUGUGCCUUUCAGAACAGACAAGGGUAUUGUUCGCAAAUGGAUCUCAAGAUUCGAGGUCUGGCCGUAUCUAGAGACUUACACCGAGGAUGUUGCAACUGAGAUCUCCAAAGAGUUGCAGGGGAAACCUGACCUUAUCAUUGGAAAUUACAGUGAUGGUAACCUUGUUGCCUCCUUGUUGGCACACAAACUUGGUGUCACUCAGUGCACGAUUGCUCAUGCUCUGGAGAAGACCAAGUACCCGGACUCUGAUAUCUACUGGAAGAAGCUCGACGAGAAGUACCACUUCUCUUGCCAGUUCACGGCUGAUCUAAUCGCCAUGAACCACACAGAUUUCAUCAUCACAAGUACUUUCCAAGAAAUUGCUGGAAGCAAGGACACUGUUGGUCAGUACGAGAGCCACACAGCCUUCACACUUCCCGGGCUGUACCGUGUGGUUCACGGUAUUGAUGUGUUUGAUCCCAAGUUCAACAUUGUCUCUCCUGGUGCGGAUAUGAGCAUCUAUUUCGCUUACACAGAGGAGGAGCGUAGAUUAACGUCAUUCCAUGAAGAGAUCGAGGAGCUCCUCUACAGUGAUGUUGAGAACGAAGAGCACCUAUGUGUGCUCAAGGAUAAGAAGAAGCCAAUCCUGUUCACCAUGGCUAGACUUGACCGUGUCAAGAACUUGACUGGCCUUGUCGAAUGGUACGGGAAGAAGACUCGCCUGCGCGAACUGGUUAACUUGGUGGUUGUGGGUGGAGACAGGAGGAAAGAGUCGCAGGACAACGAAGAGAAGGCCGAGAUGAAGAAAAUGUAUGACCUGAUUGAGGAAUACAAACUUGACGGGCAAUUCCGAUGGAUCUCCUCGCAGAUGAACAGAGUGAGAAACGGUGAGCUUUACCGUUACAUAUGUGACACCAAAGGUGCAUUUGUGCAGCCUGCUCUGUAUGAAGCCUUUGGGUUGACUGUUGUUGAGGCCAUGACCUGUGGGUUACCGACUUUUGCCACUUGCAAAGGUGGUCCUGCUGAGAUCAUUGUCCACGGAAAAUCUGGUUUCCACAUUGAUCCAUACCAUGGCGACCAGGCGGCUGAGGCUCUUGCUGAUUUCUUCACCAAGUGUAAGCAAGACCCAUCUCACUGGGACCAGAUCUCCAUGGGAGGGCUUCAGAGGAUCCAGGAGAAAUAUACCUGGCAAAUCUACUCACAGAGGCUCCUGACCCUGACUGGUGUCUACGGCUUCUGGAAGCAUGUCUCAAACCUUGACCGUCUCGAGAGCCGCCGGUACCUUGAGAUGUUCUACGCGCUAAAGUACCGCCCACUGGCUCAAGCUGUUCCUCUUGCUCGGGAAGAGUGA